CACUGAUUGCGUCGGCCUUGCGACACCAUGGAGCCUUCUAACAAGAAACGUCGUCUCGCACCAAAACUCGCGGAAAAGCCUCUUCAUGAACAGUCCCAACAGGUUCCCUACAACAAUUACAAACCUCUGCCGCCCGUACAAGAUGCAGCGCCUCCUCCCGAGCGCACCGAUUUCGAGUCCUUCGCUCGUCAUCUGCAAGAUGCGGCAAUGCUCAUCUAUGCACAAGCCAAUCGAUCUCCAUAUACUGCCGUCUCAGUUCUACUGGUACGAUGGGAAGAUGAUAUGACCUUCGAACAAGAUCUUUUGCUUCUGCAACAAGUAUUUCGCGAGCGCUUCCACUAUCGAACUGAGACCUACACAAUCCCUACCUGCCCAAACCCAAGCAUGAAAUUGACAGUCCAAAUGGCUCAACAUCUUGAAUUUUCAAGACCAGACCAUCUCUGGGUUGUAUACUAUGCAGGUUACGGCUUCGUAGGCUCGGAUCAUAAUUUAUACUGGGCAUGUCAUAACCGAGAAGAUUCAUGCAAACUCAAGUGGGAUGGCGUAAGAUGUCUCAUCGAAGAUGCUCAGUCGGAUAUUCUACUAUUGCUCGACACCUGUGCCGUCGCCGACUCUCCAAGUGCUGGAAGUCAUGGAGUCAAGCAGGCAAUUGCAGCAUACAGUCCUGAUCAAUCCGCUCGAGAGCCCGGUGGUCGUUCCUUUACCCAGAAUCUCAUUGAAGCACUUGGAAAGCUCGGCACUGGUCGUCCCUUCAGCAUACAACGACUUCACGAAGAGAUCAUAUCUAUGAAGCAUAAUGUGUUCUUGCAGCCUCCCAUGGCAAAUGGUUCUGGCAAGGCUGGAGCUGGUCAUGAGAGAAUGCCUGUAUGCUUUUCUCUAACACCCGGUGCUCUUCAAAGUAUCAGUCUUGCCCCCAUUGGCCAACAACCACCCGGAGGUUCACAUAUGGUUUCACCUCUAGGAUCUCCUGAGAAUGACAUAUCGAGAAAUCACGAGCAAGCUCAGAUGAUGAGAGUCAGCUCCAAUUCUGAUCUGACCUUUGAGGAGAUGAGAGCUCUCGUCUGCACUACCUUUCUCGGCGAACCAAGUCAAGAGAUGGCCUCUUUCAAGCAGUGGCUCCAUAACACUCCUGUUGCCGCAUCGAAGAUUGCAGUCGAAGGCAUGUUUCACGGCCCACCAACAGUUCUCUUGGUAUCAAUGCCAAUCGCAGUAUGGAAUGUUGUCGCCGCUGAUCGUACUUGUGCUUUCCUGGGUUACAUUAACUCGCACAACAUGACUACAGAGUACCAGCGAUUGAUUAGCGGUAUCGCCCCAAUCGGCAAGGCCGCAACAUUCAAGGAAUUAGAGGACGGAAAGAUUCUCCUUGAAGCUCGUCAAGCUGCCGCCUCAACACCAGUCAUGAUUCGGCACGAGCCUAGUCGUGGUGAAUCGAUUCAGCAAGAUUCAAUGCGCCAAGAAAUGGUCAUGGGUACACCAAACUCGGUUCCUCAAGUAGUCUACCCGGAAGCCGGCCCCUCAAAUAUUCCCGAACACAAGGAUGAUCACCUCGAAGAUUCUGUCGAGAUGCACGAGGCUGCAGAACAAUUGAAGGCACUUAGUCACGUCAGACACCUUAGCCAUGAUCACGCCAACAGUGAGCGGAACAAUUCCCACAUCGCUUCUGAGGAUUCCCCUGGUUUACGAAGUGCUCGAGAGGAGUCUGUAUCAUCACAAGAAGCUGCGGACUCGGGUGUUGAGGAUCCUAUGUACAGCUCAGAGUACAACUCUCCCGCUUCGAGACCAAAGCCACGAAGAUCCAUACAGAAGCAAGGUCCCAAGCAAGAUACCCGAUGUUCGCUAUGUAGUCAUGCACCAUUCAAGGACUCAUCCUCGUUGCGAAAGCACAUUGCUGCUGCACAUACUCGACCAUUCCCUUGCGCCUUCUCUUUCGCAGGCUGCACAAGCACGUUCGGUUCUAAGAACGAGUGGAAGCGUCAUAUUGCCUCUCAACAUCUCUGCCUGACGUACUAUCGCUGUUCUUCGUGCCCACAAAGCACCGUCGAGGGUAAGGGUAAUGAAUUCAACCGCAAGGAUCUGUUCACUCAACAUCUUCGUCGCAUGCAUGCCCCGUUUGCUAUCAAGAAGGCCAUUGCCAAGGGUGACAGUAAGUUGCAACUCGAGUGGGAAGGACAUGUUAAGGAGAUGCAAAACACAUGUCUUGUUGUUCGUCGUCAACCACCUCAACGAUCCGCUUGCCCAAAGCCAGACUGCGCAAAUGUCUUCGAGGGUGCUGGUAGUUGGGACGAUUGGACUGAACAUGUUGGCCGACACAUGGAGAAGGGUGAGGCUGGCAGACUUGGUGUUGACAGGAUGCUUGCUCGCUGGGCACUUGAUGAGAAGAUUAUUGAGCGAAGAGAAGAUGGCGAGUACAGACUCGUGGGAACAGAACGUGAUGGUGCAGUUGGAGCAGGAUACUACAGCGAUGGAAACGGAGGGGUGAAGCCAAAACACGAGAUUGAAGAGGCAAAAGGAGAAGGCGACAGUAUGUUGCUCGACGGUUGAUCUUCUUCACCAUACCUUCUUUCUGCAUGCGUUUACACACAUAAGCAUGCUCGGUUCUAGGGUUUGUUGAGGGACGGAGUACAAACAGCACUUUGACAUUCAUUUUCCUUUGUCCGUUUCGCCUAGGCGUUGGCGCCUGUCUUGGCUACUGUACAUUGUCCAGCACUAUUUCCCUUGUUUUGUCGGUUAAGUUUGAUGGUGGACCAGAGAUGGUGGAGGAUGGAUCUGGCGAAAAGCUAGAUGAAUAUUCCUGCGAAGUGAACACAAUGAACAACCU